AUGACGGAAGGGAGAUUGCCAAUAGAACAAGCCUGUGAUCUCUGUCGGAAGAGGAAAUUAAAAUGUUCCAAAGAAUUGCCUAAAUGUUCAAAUUGCAUUAAACUCCAUAAAGACUGUUGUUAUUCCCCUAAAAAAUUAAGAACUCCUCUAACAAGGGUGCAUUUGACCACUGUAGAGAAAAGAGUUCAUACUUUAGAAAAUGCUCUUACCAAAUUGUUUCCUGGACAAAGUAUUGAAUCAAUUUUAAAUAAAGUAAAAUCAUCUGAGCAAAUUAAUACUGUUAAAAAAGAUGCGAGUCUUUUGGAAGAUGCUAACAUUACUGAAAGCAACGAUAUUUCUGUUGACGCCAACACGUAUGCAAAACAUUUACAUCCUAAAAUAAAAGGUGAAGUACAGGAUGUAGCACAAAGUUUAGUUAAUUUGUCAUCACCUAUAUCGCCCAGAAUAAGCAAUACUAAUGUCAAUAUUAAUAAUCAUGGGAUAAAGGAGGAAACUUAUCAAGACGAUAAUAAUCAAACAGGAAUAAGUGUAAAUAUGGGAAACACUGAGCAUAUUGUUGAUACUGGACUUCAUAAUUCUAAGAAUGAUAAUUUAAAAAAUAAUAAUUUUCAAAAAAAAAAUGUCAAUGACUCAAGGGAGAGUGUUCCUAGUGAUCCAUUAUUUGGUUUUGAUUGGUCAGAAACGGAUACUUUUGUUCCUGAAAAUGUUGCAAGUGUUAUUAGUACGGCUAAUAUCACCAGCAAAGCUACAAAGAGUAAUAGGGUUAGUAAAACGAGUGAUAAACUUAAGAAUAGUAGCAUGAGCAAUUUCAGUAAAACUGAUACCCACACUGCAACACUGAAUCCAACCUCAAAUGAUGGUAUGGCUGCUCUUUCGGUUGAUCCCAAUAAUAAGGGUUACUAUGGCGCUGGUUCAGCUGCUACUGUAUUAAGACAUUUGAUACAGAAUACAAGUGCUUCUUCUGAUAGUACAACACCAGGAAAGAUCGAUAUAAAUAAUCUCAGUACGAGUUCCCCGACAAGUCCAUUAAGUAGCGCGUAUGAAUCAAAUCUAAUGAAAGAACGAUUUGUUGCUGGUUAUUUUGAACACUAUCAUACAUCCUAUCCCUUUUUAAACAAGGAAUAUUUUUUAGAGGGUUUUAAUAAACAGAAAAAUCAAGCAGAAAAAGAUAUAAACAAACUUACGGAUUGGAAUAUAUUAAUGUACACGGUCUUGGCUAUUGGGUGUUGGUGUGUUAAUGGUGAUUCUACUACUAUAGAUCUAUAUUAUUACGAUAAAGUUAAAGAGUUUUUUAAUGGCUCAGUUUUUGAAAGGGGGAGUAUCCAAUUAGUGACUGCGUUGACAUUGUUGAGUAAUUAUACACAAAAAAGAGAUAAACCAAAUACAGGUUGGAAUUUUCUUGGACUAGCCGUUCGAAUGGCUAUUGGGUUGGGAUUGUAUAAGGAGUUUGAUUGGUAUUCUACACCAAUCAAUGGGUCGAAAUAUGUGAACGAUUUGGAGUUAAGAAGAAGGCUAUGGUGGGGAAUUUACAUAUUUGACGCCGGUGCAGCAAUCACCUUUGGGAGGCCCGUAAAUUUACCCAAAGAUUUUACUGAUGAUUUAUUGUUGCCUAGUAAUAUUGAUGAUGAGGACCCAAAUUAUGUUAAGGUGGUUAAUGACUAUCCAACCAUUUAUUCAGGAAUGAUUGAACAAACCAAAUUUACCAAAAUUUCUGUAGAGAUACACAUAAGAUUGAUGAGCAGACCCAGUCCCUCUUCCAACGAAUGUUUAAAAAUGAAUGAGUUAAUCACAAAAUUCAUUAACCAAUUACCGAAAUGGUUUGAUUUCGAUAACACCGUAGUUGUUAAUGUGUUGAAUAAGCAUUUUCAUAAAGAAAUACCCUAUUGGUUUCAUUUAACUCGAUACAGAUUGAUUUGGAGAUACCUAAAUUUACAAAUUAUACUAUUCAGAGGUUUCCUGUGCCAAAGCAUUAUAGUAAGAAAUGAUCCACAUGUAAGCAAAUUUUUUGAUACGGAUGAGGUGGAACUAUGUAAAAGAUUGUGCUUGGACUGUGCAUUUAAGACAAUUUUGUCUGUUUCAAAUUUCAUUACAAAUCACAAAGUUACAAUGUUGGCCUCGUGGUAUGCUACAUAUUUUUUAUUCCAAGCCGCUUUGAUACCAAUUCUUUUCCUAAUGUCAAACCCGCAUAACAAAAAGGCUGGAGAAUGGCAGAAACAAAUCUAUUUAGCUAAAAAAUCGUUAUGUAAGUUAAAAGAGACUAAUAAAACGGCAGGAAAAUUUUUAAAUGUAAUAAAAAUUGUAUGUGAUCAUUUAUUUGGCGAUAAUAUAAUUAAGUCUGCUACAAAAGGUGGUGUUGGUGCUGAGGCUACUACUAAUGUUGCUGUUGCUGCUAAUAAUAAUAAGCUGACCAAGGAAAACGAGGCAAAAAAGACUUGUCAUACACCAGAGGUAAUGUCCAAAAAUAAAACUGAUGAUUAUGAAAUUAAUUUGCACCAAACAAAGAUGGAGGGUUCCAUAGAUCCAAACACAGAUUCUCCUAAUCUUAUUGUAACCAGCAACAUUAGCAAUGGGAGAAGUAUUGCUAACUUAAUUGGUUUAGAGUCACCAGGUCCAUUUCCCUUGAACUUGUCAUUUUAUAACUAUAAUAAUAAUAAUAAUAAUAAAAUAGUUAAUACAAAUAGUGGUAAUUCAAAUGAUAUCGGCAAUCACAUAAGUUCAAAUGUUAAAUCUAAUACGUAUUAUACAAGAAGUCCUAACACAUUAUUUGAUACCUCAAUUAAAUCCCCAAAUGCAACAACUUUAAGCUCUUUAUUUACAAUGACAGCAGAUAAUAACAACAAGCAUGCCACUACUAAUAUAAAUGCACAUGUAAAUCACUAUCCUGUUACAACGAAUAAGGAUGAUGUAGGAAUCACUUUAAUGCAGGAAGGGUCCAGAAAUCUCCAAAAGAAUGAUGUUAUGAUAGAUGAACAAGAAGAAAUAAGACAAGAUCAAUAUAGUGAUGACGAGGAAGAUGUAUUAAAAAAAUACAAUAUAAAUGCAUUAUUUAGUGGUAACUUUCAUGCUGUACAAAGUAAUGUUGGUUUGCCAUUUUUACCCGAAAUUAAUGAACAAUUUCAAGAUGGUAUAAAUAAAUUUGAUAACAGUACCUUUUUCCCCAUUUGGAAUGAACAAAGUUUUUACAGUGCUAAUGUCAACCAAAAUAAAAAUAAGGAUGGUGAUAUUAUCUACAACUAUAUUUUUAAUGAUGAUAAUAGUGAUGAUGUAGCUUCCAAUUGA